AUGAGUGUGAACAGACGAAAUCGGCUCAAACGUGGAUUUAAUCUAAGAUUGGUGAUCUUAGCUCUUUGCUUGGUUUGUUAUGUUGGUUAUGGUCAAUUUGAGGACCCAAAUGAGUUCGAGAAUCCAGCUGUUCUUCCACUCCUUACACAGGUGGUUUACCGUAGGCUCGCUAAUAACACUGCUGAUCUUUAUCGCGAGUUCGGUACAAGAGCCAAGUUCUGCGUCAAAGACCCGGAUGCUGAUUGGAAUAGAGCUUUUAAUUUCUCCACCAACUUGGAUUUCGUCUCUUCUUGCAUUCAGAAAACUCAAGGUGAUAUGGGUAAGCGUAUCUGCACAGCAGCAGAGAUGAAGUUCCAUUUUAAUGCCUUCUUCAAUACAUCGAGUAUCCCGAGCAACUUGCAACCGAAUGUGAAUUGCAACUUGACUUCAUGGGUCUCUGGUUGUGAGCCUGGAUGGAGCUGCAGUGUCGAUCCAACCGAACAAGUCGACUUCCAAAACUCUAAAGAUUUUCCAGAGAGAACAAAAAACUGUAUGCCUUGCUGUGAAGGCUUCUUCUGCCCCCGUGGCCUCACUUGUAUGAUACCUUGCCCUCUUGGUGCUCAUUGCCCAUUAGCUACUCUAAACAAGAAAACAAGCAUAUGUGAGCCGUAUACUUAUCAGUUACCACCAGGACGACCAAACCACACUUGUGGAGGUGCAAAUGUAUGGGCUGAUAUCAGAAGCAGCGGCGAAGUAUUCUGUUCUGCUGGAUCGUUUUGUCCGACCACUACUCAGAAAGUUCCUUGUGAUAGUGGGCACUACUGCCGAAUGGGGUCUACAUCUGAGAAACCUUGCUUUAAGUUGACUUCUUGCAAUCCCAACACAGCAAAUCAGAACAUGCAUGCCUUUGGUGUUAUGGUUAUUUUUGCUGUGAUUACUAUUCUCCUCAUUAUAUACAACUGUUCUGAUCAAAUCCUAACAACGAGGGAGAGGAGGCAGGCGAAGUCAAGGGAAGCAGCGGUGAAGAAAGCGAAAGCUCAUCAGAGAUGGAAAGCUGCUACAGGUGCUGCUGUAAAGCAUGUAAGUGAGAUCCGUGCGCAGAUAACUCGGACAUUUUCAGGUAAAAAAUCUAAUGAUGAUGGGGACACUCGCAAGAUGUUGGCUCGUGGGGACUCUUCUGAGGUAGAUGAAGAUUUAGACUCAAGUCCUGCAAGUUCCUCUGCUGCGAAAUCUACAUUUGAGGUCCAGGAUGAUGCAGCUGCUAAAAGCAAUGAACCAGCAAGAAAGAGUGUAGGUAAAGGACAUAAGAUCAAGAAGUCACAGAGCCAGAUCUUCAAGUAUGCGUACGACACGAUCGAGAAGGAGAAAGCCAUGGAGCAUGAGAAUAGAAACCUUACCUUUUCAGGGAUAGUUAACAUGGCUACUUACUCUGAGAUGAGGAAGAGGCCUCUCAUGGAGCUUUCCUUCACAGAUUUAACUCUCACCUUGAAAUCUAACGGUAAGCAUCUGCUUAGAUGUGUGACUGGAAGCAUGAAACCAGGGCGUAUCACUGCUGUGAUGGGUCCGUCAGGAGCAGGGAAGACAAGUCUUCUCUCUGCUUUGGCUGGGAAAGCAGUUGGUUGCAAACUGAGUGGUUUGAUACUUAUAAACGGGAAGCAGUUAUCAAUCCAUUCAUACAAGAAGAUCAUUGGUUUUGUGCCACAAGACGACGUUGUCCAUGGGAACUUGACAGUUGAGGAAAAUCUCUGGUUCCAUGCUAAAUGUAGAUUACCUGCUGGUCUAUCGAAAGCUGACAAAGUUCUUGUGGUAGAGAGAAUCAUCGACUCUUUGGGGCUACAAUCUGUGAGAAGCUCUUUAGUUGGUACUGUAGAGAAGCGAGGGAUCUCAGGAGGGCAGAGGAAACGAGUGAAUGUUGGUUUGGAAAUGGUGAUGGAGCCUUCGAUUCUGUUCCUGGACGAACCUACUUCUGGCUUGGAUAGUGCUUCGUCUCAGCUUCUUCUUAGAGCACUUCGCCAUGAAGCUCUAGAGGGAGUCAAUAUCUGCAUGGUUGUUCACCAGCCAAGUUACACUUUGUUCAAAAUGUUCAAUGAUCUUGUACUUCUUGCGAAAGGUGGCCUUACUGUUUACCACGGGUCAGUCAACAACGUCGAAAAAUACUUCUCGGGACUUGGAAUCAAUGUGCCGGAACGUAUCAAUCCUCCUGACUAUUACAUAGACGUUUUGGAAGGGAUUGUGAUAUCAAACGGGAACUCUGAUGUUGGCUACAAAGAGCUUCCUGAAAGGUGGAUGCUUCACAAAGGGUACUCUGUGCCAAUAGAUAUGCGGAACAACAACAGUAAUGCUGCUGAGCUUGAAGCGAAUCCAGACGUUGUGAAUGUUCCAAACGGUAAUGCAGAGCAAACGUUUGUCAGAGAGCUUUGGGGAGAUGUGAGGAGUAAUUUCAGGCUGCGCCGUGAUAAGAUUCGGCAUAACUUCUUGAAGUCCAGAGACUUAUCUUACAGAAGAACUCCUACUAUAUGGCUGCAAUACAAAUAUUUCCUUGGAAGGAUAGCUAAGCAACGAAUGAGAGAAGCUAAAUUACAAGCUACAGACUUUUUGAUCUUGUUGCUAGCUGGAGCUUGUUUAGGGUCACUGAUCAAAGCAAGUGAUGAUAGCUUUGGAGCACCUGGUUAUAUCUACACUAUCAUCGCCGUUUCUCUUCUUUGCAAAAUAGCAGCGUUAAGGUCAUUCUCACUAGACAAGUUACAUUACUGGAGAGAAAGUGCUUCAGGGAUGAGUAGUUUUGCUUGUUUCCUUGCUAAAGAUACGAUAGACUGCUUCAACACACUUGUCAAGCCAUUGGUUUAUCUCUCCAUGUUCUACUUCUUCACCAACCCGAGAUCCACGUUUUUCGAUAACUAUAUUGUUUUGGUCUGCCUUGUGUAUUGCGUGACUGGAAUUGCUUAUGCAUUGGCUAUCUUCCUCCAGCCAGGCUCUGCUCAGCUGUUUUCUGUUCUUCUUCCAGUCGUUUUAACACUUGUUGCAACUCAACCGAAGAAUAGUCAAGCUAUGAAGUUCAUUGCUAAUUUAUGUUAUCCAAAGUGGGCUUUGGAGGCGUUUGUGAUUGGAAAUGCUCAAAAGUACUAUGGAGUAUGGAUGAUUACUCGAUGUGGAUCGCUUAUGAAGAAUGGCUACGACAUAAAUAAAUGGAAUCUGUGUAUAAUGAUAUUGCUUCUCAUUGGUUGGUGCACUCGUGGAAUCGCCUUUGCAGGGAUGCUUAUACUUCAAAAGAAGUGA